UUCCAGAACCCCUAAUUCUCUCUCUCCUAGGGUUUAACAGUUCUCUUUCUUCAUCUUUCGCCAUCGCUGUUCCGACGGCUUCCGGUUUCUCUCCGCCGUAGAAAUAUGUCAUUUUGCCGCCUCCUCCUCCGCUCUCUCCGCCGCUCUUCAGCCUCUCCGUCGCAUUCCCGAGCUCUGACCAUCGGUCCCCUGAACCACCAUCUGCAGGCCCCGAUUCCACCGUCCUCUCAAACUGCUGCUCCUAUCUCGCUCCUCCCUGCCCGCUCGUUUGCAUUUUCAUCUGCCGAAGAAGCUGCUGCUGAAAGGCGCCGUAGAAAGCGCCGUCUUCGUAUUGAACCCCCUCUCCAUGCUCUUCGCCGCGACAACUACCCGCCCCAACAGCGUGAUCCCAAUGCUCCUCGUCUUCCUGACUCGACAUCCUCUCUUGUGGGGCCUCGUCUUAACCUUCACAAUCGUGUUCAAUCCCUGAUUCGUGCCGGUGAUCUUGAUGCAGCUUCUGCGGUCGCUCGCCACUCUGUAUUCUCGAACACGCGGCCGACGGUUUUCACUUGUAAUGCCAUUAUUGCUGCUAUGUAUCGGGCCAAGAGGUAUAGCGAUGCGAUUGCACUGUUUCAGUUCUUCUUUAACCAGUCAAAUAUAGUUCCCAAUGUUGUGUCGUAUAAUAAUUUGAUUAAUGCUCAUUGCGAUGAGGGUCGUGUUGAUGUGGGUCUUGAGAUUUAUCGUCAUAUUAUAGCUAAUGCUCCGUUUAGUCCUUCUGCGGUGACAUAUCGGCAUUUAACCAAGGGAUUGAUUGAUUCUGGGAGGAUUGGGGAGGCUGUGGAUCUUCUGCGGGAAAUGUUGAAUAAAGGGCAUGGGGCUGAUUCAUUGGUUUAUAAUAAUUUGAUUGCCGGGUUUCUAAAUUUGGAGAAUUUAGAGAAGGCGAAUGAAUUGUUUGAUGAGUUGAAGGAGAGGUGUUUGGUGUAUGACGGAGUUGUGAAUGCGACGUUCAUGGACUGGUUUUUUAAUAGGGGGCAAGAGAAGGAGGCCAUGGAAUCGUACAAGUCAUUGCUUGAUAGGCAAUUCAAGAUGAUUCCAGCAACUUGCAAUGUGCUGUUGGAAGUUUUGCUUAAGCAUGGGAAGAAAACGGAGGCUUGGACCUUGUUUGAUCAGAUGUUGGAUAACCACACUCCUCCGAACUUCCAAGCAGUUAAUUCAGAUACGUUUAACAUAAUGGUCAAUGAGUGCUUUAAUCUUGGCAAGUUCUCAGAGGCAAUAGAGACUUUCCGGAAGGUGGGAACUCAGCCAAAGUCAAGGCCUUUUGCUAUGGAUGUUGCAGGGUAUAAUAAUAUCAUUGCAAGGUUUUGUGAGAAGGGAAUGAUGGCAGAUGCAGAGACUUACUUUGCUGAACUUUGCUCAAAGUCUUUGUCCCCAGAUGUCACAACUCAUAGGACAUUGAUUGAUGCUUAUUUAAAGGUUGAACAGAUUGAUGAUGUAUUGAGAGUUUUUAACAGAAUGGUUGAGGUUGGUUUGAGAGUUGUUGCUAGUUUCGGAAACAGGGUAUUUGGUGAACUAAUCAAGAACGGCAAGGCAGUUGACUGUGCUCAGAUUUUAACAAAAAUGGGAGAGAGGGAUCCUAAACCAGAUCCCACGUGCUAUGAUGUAGUGAUUAGAGGGCUAUGUAAUGAAGGUGCACUGGACGCGAGCCGAGAGUUGCUUGACCAGAUAAUGAGGUAUGGUAUUGGGCUCACUCCCACACUUCAGGAAUUUGUUAAAGAGGUAUUUGUAAAGGCUGGUCUGAGUGAAGAGAUCGAAAGACUGCUAAACAUGAAUAGAUGGGGACAUGCUCCUUAUCGCCCGCCCUCCAGACCCCCAAGAAUUCCCCAAUCACAGGUGCCACCUCAAAUGGGACCGCCUCGUCAGCCACCUCACGGGACCCCUCAGAUGGCAGAACCACAUUGGCGACCUCCCAUAAACCCUCAGGUGGGAGGAAAUUAUGCUCCUUCAUCACAUCAAAUUACAGGUCCUAAUUAUUUUCAAUCAGGAACAAUGACAAGACCACAGCAGCCAUAUUCACAUCCACCCCCAAUGGAAGAACAGCAUCAGUCACCAUCACAACCCCCGCAAAUGGCACGGCAGGGGGUAGCUUGAUUCUUAGAUGCAUAAGUUAUUGGAGGAUGCUAUUGUCAAAUUUUGACUUCGGAUCGACAGGCAAUACGAGAUCAGUUACAUACCACCUCUCUGUGCUACUUGUUCCUUGUGGCAGUUCAUCUCAUGUCUUUCAUUCAAGCUUUCCUGUUAGUACAAGGAUUUGGUUAUGUCCAUGUUGUCUGUCUUAUUAGAUAUUAUGUAUUUACCUGAUAUGUCAAGGUGUUACACUAUUUAAAGUCACAAAUUUAUUAAUAAUAUUUUGGUUCACCAGAA